CAUCAGAGCUGGAAGGAGCCAUCUCGUGUCUGUAGGCUCCACUCGGAACAGAAGAUAGCGAGGCCUCAGGGGGGACCUGCCCUCUUCAUCUCCAGCACACUAAUCAUCAUCAUAAUCAUCACAGCAAGACCAUGAGCGCUCACGAGCACAACCACUCACUGGACCACUAUAACGGCACGCCAUGGUUUAUCUUCGAGUGCACCCUCCAGCUGGACACCGCUGUAGACUACCGGCGCAUCUGCCUCUUCCUGCUCUACCUUUUCAUCUUCAUGGUGGGCCUGCUGGAGAACGCGCUGGUCGUCUGGGUCAACUGGCGCAGACGCCACUCGGCCAACGGGGUUCUCUUCUGUAUCAUCAACGUGAGCCUGUCGGACCUGAUGGUGAUUGUGAUCCUGCCUUUCUUCAUGAUGGAGGUGACCGUGGACAAGGUUUGGCUGUGGGGCCGCUUCCUCUGUAAGGUCACCAACCUCAUCUAUGUGGUCAACUUCUACAGCAGCUCCUUCUUCCUGGCCUUCAUGACCCUGGAGCGCUACCUGUCCCUGACCAGACCCACGUUCCCUGCCCUCUUCCCUGUGGUGGGACAGCGCCGCUGGUUGCUCUGUGGAGGCCUGUGGGUGCUCUCCUUGCUCCUGGCUCUGAUGGAGAACGUCCACGUGGAUCUUCUGGAGUGGGACGAGCCGGGCUGUUACAUGAUGCCUGAGCACAACUACACAGAGUGGUUUGCCUCUGUGGCUUUCCUUUGCCUGAUCUUCCAGUUCCUGGGCCCUGCUGCCGUCAUCAUCACCUGUAACGUGCUGAUUGCUCGUGCAGUUAAAACAGCACCAGAUGUGCAGGGCCGACGGGACGUGUGGCUGGUGCACGUGUACUCCCUGGUGUUUGUCGUGUGCUGGCUGCCCUACCACCUGGUCAUGUUCCUGAUGAUCAUAGAUGACCUGGACCCCUUCAUCCUCAGCUGUAACACCAUAGAAGUCCUCUACUUCACAUUCAGCGUGGUGCAGGGCAUAUCUCUGUUCCACUGCGUCGCCAACCCCAUCCUCUACAAUUUUCUAAGCAAGAGCUUCCGUGACAACAUGAUCAACACUGUGAUGAACUACAUUCCUAGGGAUGCAACUAUGGUUCAGACGGGAGCAGGAACCCAGCCAAACGCUCCCAACGGAGGUGGGGGAGACCCGGGGAAGCAACGCAAGCUAAGUAACACCAGCACCAGUCAGUCUGAUGUCGGAUCAUAAAAAUGAAGCUGAGAUAAGAAAGGCGAGAGCUUCAGGAGUGAGACGUUUAAAGAUCUGACAGAACUGAAUCCACUGUUGGUGCUUCAGAAUACCAGAGGCACAGACUGUACGUCUCACUCUGGUCAGACUCAUUGCGCUGUUUGUUCCGAAACAGAUGGGCUCACAAACACCUUCCUCUCAUAAUCCACUUCCUGUUUUUUUUCCCUUUUCUGUCAUUUAUCUGAUCACAGUUUUAAACGGAGGAAAGCAGGAAAUGUUUGAUGUUUUUUUUCCCCCCUCAAAGCUGCUUGACUCCCACAGGAACUCAUGGCAACCUUUAAAAUCUCCUGACACAGAAGAAGACGAAGAAUAGUGCCACACCAGGAAUGUGCAUAAACAAAUCUGCUGUCCGUCUGUGGAGAGCCAGAUAAGAGCAAUCCUCAUAACCACAUAAACAUCUUGCAAAUGUGAAAAUGUAACUGUGUUGUUUAAUUACAAAUCUAGCAGAUAAUAUAUAGUUCAAAUUAUUAAUGCGAGAGGUGUGGACUCAAGUCCUACAUGUGAUGACUUUAACUAGACCUGACAAAAUCAAAAAUGACUUGGACUUUGACACCAGUGACUUUGACUUUACUUGGACUUGAGCCUUUUGACUUGAAAGUACUUUAUAUACUCCCCCAAGCCCAAAUAUUAAAAAGUAUGUUAUUUAAAAAUAGUGGAAUGAAUCAAUUAAUUAAUCUUCAUACAGUAGAAGUCAGUCGGCACGUCCCAAGUUAAGAUAAACAGACUGUAAUCUGACAUGGAAGCUAAGCAAUGUACUGCUGUGGACGGGUCAGCAGCAAAACA